UAUAAAACUCCUGCUAACAACCUGUCUAUGUACGUUGAGUUAGGAGAUUAGCCACAAAUCCAUCCACAACUUCUCUCUCUCUCUCUCUCUCUCUCUAGAGAUUAUUAAUUUAGCCAUUAACCCGCCAAUAAUAAUGGCUCCAACAAUAGCGGUGGCACCGACGAAACCCAAGCCCCACCGCCAGCCACCGCACCCGGCGGAGGAGGAGGAGGAGGAGGUGUUGAGAAAGAGGAACGAGGAGUUGGAGAGGGAGCUGAAGAGGAGCAUGGAGAGGGAGGAGAAGAUGAGGAAAGAGCUGGAGAGGACGUGGGAGCGGCUGCGGGUGGCGGAGGAGGCCGAGGAGCGGUUGUGCUCCCAAUUGGGCGAGCUCGAGGCCGAGGCCGUCGACCAGGCCCGGUCCUACCGGGCCCGCGUUCUGUCCAUGAUGGACCAGCUCUCCGCCGCCCAGAAGCUCCUCCAGGCCGCUUCUCUUUCUCUCCCGACUAAUUCCACGUGACCCACCCGUACGUCAUUUAUCUAUACGUACGUGUAUGUGUGUAUGUAUAUGUUAAUGGUAAGUAGGAGGAUUGUGGGUUGUAUGUAAGAUAACCAUUGAUUUCUGUAUUAGGUUCACGAAACAUGGAUCGAUCUUUGGUUUGUUCUUCUUCUUCUUCUCCUGUGUAUUGGUCUGUAAUUGUUGUCGAGGUCGUGGGAUCUGAUGGAUUGUUGUUGUUUGGGGGUGGUGAUUUGAAGGGCAGUUUUGUCAAUGGAAUAACCUUGUGUAGCUUUUCUUCA